AUGUGUGUUUCUGAAAAUCGAGAAUUUUCCAAUGAUUAUACUGUACAGGAAGAUCUUGACGAAUUUGUCAAAUACACUUGCGGCUAUAGUCAACAGAUAGACAAAAAAAUCGAGUAUAUCAUUGCACAACAUGAUUGGAAUCCUGUGCAUGAGGCUGUACUGCCAAAAAAGACAAAGGCCGGAAAAGACGAAAAACGAGAAGGCUUUAUGUAUCCCAUUUUACGCUGGCCGCUCAUGAUCACUGCUUCUAUAUGUCUCAGUAUUGUUGCAUUUCUGUACUUAUUAGACCGUAUGUACAUUAACUGCUACGAAUAUUUUAUCGUUUGGCGUGGUCGGCCAGCGCUUUUACGACGCCGUCUCCAAAAUGCCAAGACGUUUGAGGAAUGGAAGCAGCGGGCUCGGGAUUUGGAUGAUUACUUUGGAAACAAUGAAUGGAAACUCGACCCAGUCUACGAUUAUUACGAUUACUCCCUUCUUCGCACGGUCCUCCGAAGCUUGAGGAUUCAUCGUCAAAGAGGAGAAUGGGAACAACUAAAAUCCACCUUGGAUGUGUGUGUUCGCAGUAAUUUCGCGGCCAUUGAUAGCCCUAUGCUUUAUUCUCGCACUUAUUCCGGCACAAAGAAGCUCGUCGAGGACUAUAUCGACGAGCUCAUCCAAUGUUUACAGUUGGUCAUUGACCAAAAACUGUAUACGUCAAAAGACAGAUCCCGUAUGUUUGAAUUCUUUUCCCAUAAUUAUGGCCGUACAGCCCUCUGUUUAUCAGGUGGUGCUUCCUUUGCUCUUUACCACACGGGCGUUCUUGCGGCGCUUUUGAAUCAGGAUCUCCUUCCUAAUGUGAUCACCGGAACAAGCGGCGGUGGUAUUUUGGCCGCUCUCGUCUGUACUCGUACAAACGACGAGCUUCGCCAAUUGCUUGUGCCCGAAUUAGCUCCUAAAUUUCAAAGUGAUAUAGGAAGCUACAUGGAUUGUGCGAAACGAUACUUACAAACAGGAGCCCGUUUUGAUGAGAUUAUCUGGGCAAGAACCUGCAUGUUUUUCACCCGAGGAAGUAUGACUUUCGCCGAAGCUUAUAAAAGAACUGGCCGAAUCCUUAAUAUUUCCGUUAUCCCUAGUGAUGCUCACUCACCUCCUAAAUUAAUCAAUUAUUUAACUUCCCCCGACACUGUGAUUUGGAGUGCUGUCAUUGCUAGCUGUGCUGUGCCGGGAAUCUUAAACCCUAUUCCUCUCAUGACAAGAGGUCCAUCAGGAAAGCUCAUACCACACAAUUUUGGGAAUCGCUUUAAAGAUGGAAGCCUUCGUACAGACAUCCCGCUAGGGGAAUUGAGGACUCAGUUCAAUGUUCACUUUUCCAUCGUCAGUCAAACUAAUCCUCACGUGCAAGUCUUCUUUUUCUCCCCUCGCGGCAGUGUUGGAAGACCUGUUUCACACAGAAAGGGCCGUGGUUGGCGCGGUGGCUAUGUGGGUAGUGCUAUCGAACAAUAUCUCAAAUACGAUAUGAUCAAAUGGCUACAUGUUAUUCGCAGCUUAGAAUUACUACCACGACCUCUUGGUCAAGAUUGGAGUAAUGUUUUCCUCCAAAAGUUCGAUGGCACUAUCACUAUUUGGCCAAAAACUAAAUUAAAGGAUUUUUGGUAUAUUUUAUCUCCCCCUAGCAACGAGCGUUUGGGAGAUAUGAUUGCUGCCGGAAAAGCUGCUACCUUUCCUAAAGUAGAUUUUAUUUCAUCUCGUAUCCAAAUCGAAAAACUUAUUGAAAAAGGACGCGCAAUGGACCGAUUAACUACCCUUGGUACAUCUAUUGAUGGAGACAUUGGCACCUCAAUAACUAACCAGGAUAUGGAUAUCAGUCUUGAGUCUGCUACAGUCAACCCGAACGAUGUUGCUGUGAACCAAUCUAACACUUCACCUAAACCAUAA